GAAACAUUGGUCCCUCUGAACGAGCUGAGAGAGAGGAACCUCUUUUGUGACGCGGUGUUGAGGUUGGAGGACGGCGGCGUCUUUCCAGUCCACAGAUUGAUUCUGUCAAUGCGCAGCGAAUAUUUCAGGACACUCUUCACGACAAAACUGCACACCAGUGAGGAGACAGAUAUUCUCCUCCGCGGAGUCAGCUCGGACAUGAUGACCCAGAUACUGGAUUAUGUUUAUUUUCGCGAGGUGGACAUCCGCUCCGACAACGCGUUACGGCUGCUCGAGACGGCUGAGUACUUGUGUGUACCAGGAGCUACUGAACUCUGCUGCGACUUCCUCAAGGACGCGAUGGACGUCGACAACUGUGUCGGCAUCAUGCAGUUCGCAAGGUUACACUGCAUCGCCGACCUCGAGACUCACGCUCGUCGCUUCGUUCUGCGCCACUUCGUGGAAUUGUCUCAGCAGAGCGAAGAACUUUCGGAACUGCCUCCAGAGGAGCUGCAAGCGGUAAUCGAGGCCGAGGAACUGAACGUGAAGGACGAGAGAGUUGUGUGGGAGUGCAUUCUCCGGUGGAUCAACCACGACCCGGACAACAGGAAAGGUCACAUCGCGGGCCUUUUGAAGGGCGUCAGACUGGGACGACUUGACGCAAAGUUUUUCAAUGAGACGGUCAGUAUGCCCCUGUAA